GAACGGCGCAAAAGCAUCUGAUCGGAACGCAGAGACCCCAGCACCAAUGCCGGCGCCGCGCCCGCUUCCGCUGCCGCACUUCACCCUCCCGCCGCUCGCCGGCGAGGACCUCGCCUUCGUGACCGCCCUCCGCUCGCACCUCUCCUCCUCGCCGCCGCCCGCGCCAUCCUCCCUCUCCCGCUUCCUGCCCCACCUCAACCCCCUCCGCCUCACCCACCUCCUCCUCUCCCCGCCCCGGGCGCCCCACAACCUCCUCGCCUCCCUCCUCCCCUCGCCGCCGCCCCCGCUCCCCUUCGCUCUCCUCCUCCACUCCCUCCCCCCGCGCCGCUCUUCCGACCUCCUCUCCUCCCUGCUCCCCUCCCUGCCGCACCACGCCUUCCCGGACCUCCUCCACCACCUCCUCCUCACCGCCCGCCUUGCCGGCCACGUCGCGGCGGUGCCGACCAUCGACGUGCUCUUCUCCAACUGCGCGCGCCGAAACAAGCUCUCGCACGCCACGCUCACCUUCCGCGCCAUGCGCGCGCACGGCCUGCUCCCGCGGGUCUGGUCCUGCAACGUCUUCAUCUCCGCCGCCCUCCGCCUCAAGCGCCCCGAGAUCGCCGUGUCCUUCUUCCGGGAGAUGCGCCGCUGCCGUGUCUCGCCCAACGUGUACACGGCCAACAUGCUGCUCCGUGCGUUCUGCGACCUGGGGCGGGUCGUCGACGCCGCCAAGGUGCUUGACGAAAUGCCGGAUUGGGGCGUCGACAGGACGGUGGUCAGCUUCAACACCUUGAUCGCUGCUUACUGCGGUGACCCUGGGGGCCUCGAGCAUGCGCUGGAGCUGAAGAAGAAGAUGGAGCGGGAGGGGCUGCCGCCCAACGAGGUAACCUACAACACGCUCAUCCACGGGCUGUGCAACAAGAAGAGGAUGCAGCACGCGAACCGGCUGCUGAGCGAGAUGAGGGCGAUGAGCGUCACGCCAAACACAGUAACGUACAACACGCUGAUUUACGGGUACGUCAUGCUUGGCGAUAACGGGGCGGCGUCGAGGGUCCAGGAAGAGAUGGUCAGGAACAGAGUAGAGCUUAGUAUCGUGACGUACAACGCGCUCAUUCUUGGUCUUUGCCAGGACGGGAAGAUAAAGAAGGCCGAGCAUCUGGUCCAGCAGCUUGACAGGCAAAAGCUUGAACCUAAUGCUUCGACGUUCUCGGCACUGAUUAUUGGGCAAUGCAAGGCGCAGAAUUCAGAACGUGCUCUGCAGCUGUUGGAUGCGAUGAAAAAAACUGGCUUCCAUCCCAAAUAUGACAUUUAUAAGAUGGUUAUCUCUACUUUCUGCAAGAAUAAGGAUUCUCAAGGAGCAGUGGAUGUGAUGAAGGACUUGCUCAGUAGGUGCAUGGCUCCUGACAAGGUCUUGCUGCAUGAAUUCUUUGAUCAUCUCUCAGUGGCCAAAAAACUCCACCUGGCACUAGAUUUGCAGUUAGCUGAUAAAGGUGCAAGGUUUAUUCCUGCCGCCUACUAUACUGGUGAUUACAGGAACAAGGGCGAAGAGAAAAACACAUGUUAACACACGCACAACACAAUAAAGCCCUGUCAUAAUGGACAAUUGGUUUAUUUCGGAAGCAGUAGAACCUCAUUCCUUUGGCACAGUAUGGAAUUUGCUUUGGCACGUGCUAUGGAAUCUGGUCAGCUCUGUUUUGGAUUAAGUGAAGACAUCCUGAUAAUGGUUAUUGCCUGUAGAUAGCUGAAUUAAUUGUUCCUGUGAGAAGAUAACUGUGGCAGAUGAUGGCUUCAGUGAGAAACUGCUGUAC